GGACCACAUUUGGGAGCGGGACCAUAAGGCACUUCCGUCCGGGUUCAGCUCUUCCGCGAGCCCGGGACACUGGCUUCAGGCAUGGGGUUAGACGGCCUGGCGCGGCUGCAUGGGCUCUUCGCCGCCUACAAGCCCCCGGGACUAAAGUGGAAGCAUCUGCGCGAUACCGUGGAGCUGCAGCUUUUGAAAGGUCUCAAUGCUGGGAAGCGUCCUGCCUCUGAACAUCGUGUUCGCUUCCUACUGGGCCCCGUGGAAGGCAGUGAAGAGAAGGAGCUGACCCUCACAGCCACCAGUGUGCCCACCCUCAUCGACCAUCCGCUGGUACGUGGACCAGCAUUCACCAGCCUGAAGAUUGGCAUGGGGCACCGACUGGAUGCCCAGGCGUCUGGGGUGCUUGUGCUCGGCGUGGGACGUGGACGAAGGCUCCUCACCGACAUGUACAACGCUCACCUCACCAAGGAUUACACAGUACACGGCCUCCUGGGCAAAGCCACAGACGACUUCUGUGAGGACGGGCGGCUGGUGGAGAAGACGACGUAUGACCACGUGACCAGAGAGAAGCUGGAGCGAAUCCUGUCCCUGAUCCAAGGUUCCCAUCAGAAGGCUCUGGUGAUGUACUCCAACGUUGACCUACAGACCCAGGAGGCCUAUGAGAUGGCCGUGAGCGGCGUGCUCCGGCCCAUGAACAAGUCCCCAAUGCUGGUAACUGGCAUCCGAUGCCUCCAGUUUGCGCCUCCAGAAUUCCUCUUAGAGGUGCAGUGCAUGCAUGAGACGCAGAAGCAGCUGCGAAGGCUGGUGCACGAAAUCGGCCUGGAACUGAAGAGCACCGCUGUCUGCACCCAGGUGCGGCGUACACGCGAUGGUUUCUUCACCCUGGACGAUGCCCUCCUAAGGACCCAAUGGGACCUACCCAGCAUCCAGGAUGCCAUCCAGUCUGCAGCACCCCGAGUGGCAGCAGAGCUGGAGAAUAACUUGAGGCCGGGGCUGGGCACCCAGUAGCCCUUCAGUCCAGGCUGGCCCUGGGACUCCGAGGGGCCAAGCUCUGCCUUGGGGCUGGAGAGCCAUGUGGGACAUUGAAAGGCCAGGCUGCUGGUGGAGCAAUGGGUGUAUAAAGAUAAGAAUUGUUCAUGAGCCAGAACUGAUGACUGCAGAACGUGGGGGGUGGGCGGGAGCUUUUUAACAUGUGACAGAAAACCAACAGGGACUUUCCUGGUGGUCCAGUGGUUAGGACUUGGUGCUUUCGCUGCCAGGACCCUGGGUUCAAUCCCUGGUCAGGGAACUAAGAUCCUGCAAGCUGCAUGGCACGGCCAAAAGAAAAAAAAAAGAUCAACAGACUUGGCUUAGUUAAAAAGAAAAAAACUUCUGUACAGUGGAAAAGAUGCUAAACGAAUGACAGACUGAUAAAAAUAUUCGUUAUAUACUUAAGAACUAAUAUCUAUAAUAUAUAAAGAGCUCUUAUAAAACAAUAAGAAAAAGAUGACAAGAAAAUGGGUCAAAUGACAUGAAUUGUGUGUUUAUACAGCAAAAGAAAUCCAAAUGGCCAGUAAACCUGAAAUGAUGCUCAACCUCGCUAAUAAUGAAAGACAUUCAGAUGAAAAUGAGAUGACUUUUCCUUGCCUUUCAAAUAAAUUAAGAAAAGAUAACACCCAGUAUUGGGGAGGAUGUGAGAAGAUGGGCAAUCUGUACUGUUGGUAGGAAUAUACAACUGUGUAACGUUUUAAGGAGUAAUUUGGUAGUAUGUAUCAACAUUUGAAAUAUUCCUGCCCCAGGAAAUUCCCUGGUGGUCCAGUGGUUAGAAUUCAGCACUUUCACUGCCGUGGCCCAGGUUCAAUCCCUGGUCAGGGAACUAAGAUCCCACAAGCCUC